AUGGGGUCCUCAGCUUCCAUCUCAAAUCCCACAAACAACAACCAACUCUACUACCCACGAAACCCCUCGGACGCACUCUCGGCCUUGACCAUCUUAUCUCAGAAACUCCCCACCGAAAUAAGCCUCCAGAUCCUCGAACACGCCAAAUACUGGGUCGCGAACCGCGUCUCCCGCACAGAACAAGUUACCUAUACCCAGCACGACCCCGCCAGCCACGACCCCUAUCUCCGCAGCUUACCUAUCGAAGGAACACGCUUCCCCGUCCGUGAAAUUCGAAUCCAGAUCCAGAGCCACGACCAGGGGUGGAGCAGUUACCCAAAGGAUCGUGGCACGCUCCGGAACUCGUGGACGUGGUUUGAGUUGGGGGUUGAGCACGCUUCUGACCGCGAGGCGGAGACGGGUGUUUCUUCAGAGCGGGAUAGGAUUAAGGAUAGGCGGCUUGUGACGAAUGUGCAUGCUAGUAAGAGUGCUAGAGAGAAUGUUGUUAUUUAUCGGGCCGGUGUGGAGAAUGAGCAGGAUGAUGAUUCGGGUGUUGGAGAUGGGUUGAGUGUGCGGGAGCUGGGCGAGUUGGCGAGACUACAGGCUGGGGAUUGCGUUUCGAUUAUCCCGCGCGCGAGGUUUGCGGGAUGGACCAAUUUCGUGUGUUCUGCCUCGAUUGAAAUUUAUACGAUGGAUCUAUAA